AUGUGGCACAGCUCGGUAACCAAUGAGAUACCCGCUGUAGUGUCUCGUGAUCCUUCCAAGGACUGCAAGAGUCCGUCAAGGCGACAUGACAUUGAUGGUAUUUGGCAAAAGCAGAUCAGAAGCACAGCGUUCUUCGUCUCUUUCAAUGCCAACGACUCCAAAGUCUUUGUAACGUUGAAAGGGAAUGUCAAGCAGGCAGUCCUUACUUUUUCGACCCGGGACGGAGAGCAGCUUGAUUCGCUCUGCAUUAUCGAAGACAGAUCUGACUCCGACUCCGACGAUAAUCACGAAAGUCUCGACAGAUUUUGCCCAGAGGUUGUCCGCUUCUCCCCCGUUCUCGGCUACGCAGCUGUCACGUAUCGCAGUUCCCACCUGACUCUCUUCGAUCUUAACGAGGAAGACAAGCUCGAGAGAUUAUUUCGCAUAGAGAAGAGGGGCUCCGAAAAGUUACGUCCACCCCAAAUUCUGGAUGUUGUCUUCAACCCCGCAAUAGAAUCUGGCCUGAUGGCCGUCGCAUAUCAAGAUGGGGAUAUCAUUGUGAUUCACUUUGAUGAAGACCGGUGGUACCAGGUCGGCUCGGUCAGUCUGCACUCGCGAGUGCUCGCCAGCUCGCCGGAUGGCAUGAUUCUGGCGGCCGGAGAUACCGAAGGAGGGGUGUCGCUGUUCAACUUCGACUCUCUUCAGUUGUUACAUCGACUUGAACUUCUUGAAGAGACUGUAGUUGGCAUCAUAUUCUCCUCCAACACCCUCAGGCUCUACGAUGUCCGGGGGCGUUCUUGCAAUGUCUGGGAGCCUUCUGUUCUACUUAGGCAGAAUGCGACCGACGAUACGUCCAGCGACCAAGAUGGCAUCCCAGACGAAAGCAAUCUUCAAAGAUCUGUUACCAGGCCUUUUGAUGAGGCCAAGUUUGUUACUGUAUUGACAUCCAUGGGUGAUGACAAACAUGUUUUCUGUGGUAGAGAAGACGGGUCCGUCUCGGUUCACGAUGUCAAAGACGGACAGAAGAUUGUCGAGUUCAAGCAUCACUCCGCAAGCAUUCGCGUAGUCGAGUGGAACCCGAAGGUCAAUCUCUUGGUAAGCGUUGAUGCAUCAACGAGAUGCAUUGGAAUGCGCAUAUCUCCUCAUCUUAAACACCACAAUCCCUGGUAUCAACAAGAUGUUGUGUUCAACUCUCGGGCGUCUUCAUCGGUGUCACAAGCAAUUAUUGAACCAAAUGGUCUUGCUGUUUUAUUCUCUACACAGAGAGGUGAAGAACUGUGGCAAAACAAGACUCCCCCGGAACCGUUUUCACCAAGUCAGCUCUCUACAGAAAGCGGUCAAUGGAUGCAGCAUCCGACUGACAAGUCUCCUCUACUUCUUUUAGAACAGAGCACUGUACGCCCCUUCCGUUGGGAUGAUCUCAGACCGAAUACUUCUUUCUCCUCUAUCUCCAUGCUUCUGCCACCAGGUUUCAAGGAAACAACACUGACGAACAAAUGGUUUUCCCGUGUCGAGUUCGACACCAUGGUGCAAGCAUUCCAUCUACAAGCAGAAAACAAGAACACAUUCCUUCUACUCACUAGUAGCAAUAUUCAUACUGCUUCCAAGCAAGUAUCCGUCUCUUGCACCGUCAGCAGUCUUCUCGGGAGCGUGAAGGCUAUUCUGGGGAUCACUCGUUCCGCAGUCAUAUUCUUGACACGGGGCGGGUGGAUCAGUUCUUUCAGUCUCAAAAGUUUUGAACGAGCGAAAUCAUAUACACAGCACCUCUUCAUUCCCUCUUUCUGGCGUACAGGCGAUCUUUUGAUACGGACGGUGUCCAAAGACAGUAUGGCUAUUGCAUACAGGGAUGAGAUCAUCAUUUUUCAAGGCUUCUUGGACUUUGACAAGAAAGUCGAGUGGCAGUAA